GCUUCGGGUCCGGGCAUCUCUCCAUGGCGUGGCCGGUCCAGUUCAUGUGCCGGGCGCUUCGCACCGUUGGAUUAGUUCUCUUCUACUAUGUCUUCUCCAUAGGCAUCACCUUCUACAACAAAUGGCUCAUGAAGGAUUUCCACUAUCCCCUCUUCAUGACAUUAGUUCAUCUGGCCAUCAACUUUUGCCUGUCGGCCCUGACCCGACGGGCCUUGCAGCGCUGGACAGGGAAACCCAGAGUCAUUUUGAGUUGGAGAGAUUACCUCCGUAAAGUGGCUCCCACAGCCUUUGCAACAGCUCUGGAUAUUGGACUUUCCAACUGGAGCUUUCUCUUCAUCACCAUUAGCCUGUACACCAUGACCAAGUCCUCAGCGGUGCUCUUUAUCCUCUUUUUCUCCCUGGUUUUCAAACUAGAAGAGCCAAACCCAUUCCUGAUCCUGGUGGUCCUGCUCAUCUCAAGUGGUCUGUUCAUGUUUACAUUCGAGUCUACCCAGUUCAACUUAGAGGGCUUCAUCAUGGUGUUGCUGGCGUCCUUCUUAGGGGGGAUCCGCUGGACUCUCACUCAAGUGCUCAUGCAGAAAGCAGAGCUGGGCCUUCAGAACCCAAUAGACACCAUGUACCACCUCCAGCCUCUGAUGUUCCUUGGGCUCUUUCCACUCUUCCUGUAUAAUGAAGGGCUGAGCCUCAGUAUGUCAGAGAAGCUAUUUAGAGCGACAGAGCUUUCGACUUCCCUCUACACACUACUCACGCUGAGCAUCGGGGGCUUACUGGCAUUUAGUUUGGGAUUCUCAGAGUUUCUGCUGGUUUCCAGAACUUCUAGCCUGACUUUAUCCAUAUCAGGGAUAUUUAAGGAGGUGUGUAUUCUGCUGUUGGCAGCAUAUGUAAUGGAGGACAGAAUGAGUUUGCUUAACUGGCUGGGGUUCGCUGUGUGUCUGUGUGGCAUUUCGUUACACGUGGGACUAAAGACAUAUUAUUCCAGAAAUAAGGGACCAUCGUUAAGGCAGCUCAGCCGUAAAGGCCCUGAGCUAGAAAAGCCUUUACUGCAUCUAAAUGAAGACGAAGGAGAGAACUCAGCUGCUGAUGAAGACGAGGAACAAGAAAUCUUCCUACACUGACAUUACAGGUUCUAGGUCAAUGUCUACACUAUUCAUUCCUUGAUACCUUACCUCCUCUAUCGGAUGGUUUGAACUAGCGCAACAAGAUGGAGCAGCUUCUCCUUUAUUUUAUUUCUUGUCAUUAUGUCAUCAGGACAGAUCAGUGCCUCUGUAUCAGCUGUACAAGUUGUGAUGUUUUACCUUCAGGGAGCUUCCAAAAAUGUAGCCUCUACGUACAAGUGUCAACAGAGUUUGAUUUAAAGAGGAAGAGCGGUUAGCGGUUUUUAAAGAGAUUUAAAGAGAUUUUUGCCUGAUGUCCAGGAAGAUGAUUUCAUGAAGUUUAACUUCUGCUAAAACAGGUGAAUAUGACACCGAUAUUGGUUUGUCAGAUUCACAGUUUUGAUUUUUUUUGCUUGUUUUGUUUGUGGGCUAAUUUAUUAAUGCUAACAUACCAUGAAAUAUAAUAAAUCAGAUUUUGGCUUAUUUUACAUCAAAUUGGUUUUAACUAAGAGGAAAUAAUUGUCCUUAAACUGAGUGUAGUCAUUUAAAAUAAAGAACUUUCCACAACAUCUGGUUCAAAGUCAACCUAAGCUCUCAAGGACACAAUUGCAUCUAAAAGUAAUUAUCUUACCUUAAUGUGCCUUGUUAAUGUUACAAGGCUAAAGAAGACUGUUUUAAAAAGUCAUUUUAUCUGUCGCUUGGAGCUGAAAAACUUGGUGAAUGUCCCUUUUUAUUUCUUUGUCUAAAAUGCAGCAAAAGUUACGUUAAAUUGAGAAAUAAAGUGAAAAUGAAUCAAAUAAAUGUUUAUAAGUUUG